UUCUCUGUUGCAGCUAUGGGUUCUGCAGAGGCCAGCACUCGUCGCAGAGUAAAAUUGUAUAUGCUGAAUGAUGAACGCCAAUGGGAUGACAAGGGUACCGGGCACGUUUCUGCUGUUUGCACGGAACAAGACAACAUGGCGCUCGUUGUCAUCUCAGAAACCGACGGAUCUUAUCUGUUGGAGUCCAAAAUACAACCCGAUACAGCUUAUCAGAAACAACAAGAAACUCUCAUAGUUUGGUCUGAAGGUGAAAAUAUGGAUCUUGCAUUGUCGUUCCAAGAGAAGGUUGGAUGCGACGAUGUUUGGGAAAAAAUAUGCGCUGUGCAAGGCAAAGAUCCAUCAGUCGAGAUUACACAAGAAGUAGUGGACGAAUCCGAUGAUGCUGACGACACCGAUGGCUACACGCCUAUUCUUAUCCAGAGUGUACAACCCCUAGUCCUCCCUCCCUGUGAAUUCAGUCAUCUUGAAGAAACAUCUGAUAUGGUUAGCCAAGCGGUAGCCUCACCACAAAAACGUGAACGCCUCGUCGCUCUUUUGGAGUCUACGAACUAUCUUGGGCAACUGGUAGAUCUGUUCCACAAAGCUGAGGAUCUGGAAGAUAUGGAGUCACUCCACCAUCUUUAUGAGAUCAUGCGGCAAUUUGUUCUCAUAAAUAAACACAGCGUAUAUGAAACUUUGUUUGCAGAUGAUAUGCUUAUGGAAGUAAUCGGUAUGCUUGAGUACAGUCCUUCUGGGAGGACACGUCAUAGAGAGUUUCUACUUAACAAAGCUGCUUUCAAGGAAGUAUUGCCUCUUCACAACUCAGACUUGACUAGUAAGAUUCACCAAACGUAUCGUGUUCAAUACAUCCAAGAGUGUUGUCUACCGCCCCCAUGCUUGUUUGAUGAACACACUCUCUCUCAACUGAAGACGUUCAUCUCGCUCAAUAAAUUAGAAAUCAUCCGUGCUUUCCAAGAUGAUGAGGAAUUUAUGUGCCGUCUGUUUGCACGUUUGAAAUCACCGGAUACCGAUCUGGCUCACCGAAGAGAAUUGUCGUUGUUUGUGAAAGAGUUUUGCAAUAUAUCCAUCCAAACUGAUCAAAAGGAAAGCUUUCUCAGUUGUCUGUUUCAACACGGAGCACUGCGAACUGCCGAAGUUUUGCUCGUCAUCGAUGAUAAAGACAUAAAAGCUGCCGCAUUAGAAAUUCUUCAAGCCUUCGUGGAACAUCAGCCUUCCGUCGUUCGCGGAUAUGUAUACCGUGAGACGGCUGCAUUCAGGAGGGAUGACGAAUUGCUUAUCAAUUUAAUGAUAAAUCAACUUUUGUGGGAUUCUGAUCCAGAGCUCAGUGAUGCAAUCCUCCUGGGUUACAUGCUCCGCAUCCUCAUCGAUCCAGAUAAUAUGAAUAAUCCAGGCGUGCGCGGUGAAAAAACCGAAUUUCUCAGUUUCUUCUAUAAGCGUUGCAUUGGUACACUUGUACGGCCGCUCUUCGAUAACACGGCUAAGGAUGUCCUUGAAAAGGACGAUUACCAUACGGCUCUCGUAUUGAAUCAUAUUCUGGAGCUUCUUACUUUCUGUAUCGAAACGCACACCUAUCAUAUGAAAAAUUAUUGCUUCAAUCGCGACCUGUUGAAACGAGUUCUGGUUCUACUCCAGUCAUCCCACAAGUUCCUCGCUCUGGCUGCACUUCGGCUAUUGCGACGUGUGAUUCACAUGAAGGAAGAAUUUUACAAUCGCUAUCUCAUCAAGAACAAUUUGUUGAAACCGGUCAUAAAGCUGUUUGUGGCGAAUGGGCAUCGAUACAACCUCAUUGAUUCUGCCAUAAUUGAGCUGUUUGACUACAUACGUUCCGAAGAAAUCGCCUCUUUAGUCACCCAUGUGAUCGAGAAUUUCUGGGACAUUUUGAAAAACGUGAACUACGUUCAAACAUUUAAUGACAUGAAACGUGUUUACGAUCACAGUCAUCGACCCUCCAGACCGGCAAUAAUAGGUUCCGUCGGCCAGCAAAGUGCCCUGGACGUAUUGUCCUUGGUUAAUGCUACCACACCCAGGUUUCAGCGUGAUCCCAGAUCACUGGAAAUGGAGGAAGAGCAGUGGUUUGAUCAAGACGAUGAGGAAGAAGAUGACGAAGAUGAUAACCACCUUUUCUCUCCACAGACCACAGCCUUAGUUAACGGAACUGCCAACGGGAAUAGCCCCUCCGGUAUUCUCUCUCCCACUUGCCUUCCUGAGGGAAUAUCGACCGUACCACAUUUUGACACGCAUCCAAGCCUGGCCGUUACCACCAGUUCUGAAUUCGUGGGAUUGUCCAAUCUGCCUGCGCCGCAAACCGCUUUCACUUCCCUCCGUUCCACCAUUGUCUCAACUGGGUCUAAUCCUGAACCGCCAUCACCGCAUGGCCACGUGUUUUCACCCUCUUCGCACAACUCUGCGCCCAUAGGUCUGUUGAAAUCCGAUUCACUCAAAACAAACGAACUCAGUCAUCCAGUCCAUCUCUCCAAUCGCAUCCGGUCGCAACAAAUUGAUGGCGACGACAAUCUCUCUUCCAACCGUCCCAGUUUAUCACGCCAUUCAUCACCCAUUUCUAUCCACCUCAAAUCUGCGCAUCCACCGCCGCUUCCUGAUGCGUUAUGCUCCUCCGAACAGCCACAAAUCAGUUCAUUUGAUGUUACUACCGGCGCGCGAUUGGAGAGCGGACUUGAUGGAUUAUUACCCUUCGCCAAUGCAGUAUGUGAUGUGAAGCCCUUGAUAUCUUCCACUUGUGAACCAGUGACUGAAGAUACCAUUCCUGCCGACGUGCUGCACCACAAACGAGGUUCCCCCACAUCCGAACCUACUAAAAAUUUCAAACGUUUCAAGAAAUCUAGGCACGCUACAUCCUCCCCGAUCGGGUUUUCAUCUGAAGACCCUAUUCACCCUGACCAGUCAUGCUCUGUCGACUCAUCAUCAGAAAUUAGUGACCAGGCGGCCCCCACCGACCCAAAUUGCUCGGGUUUAUCCACUGGAAGCGAUGGUGAAGAAGACGCCUCAACAUUUGGUUUGGUUGAUUAUUCCGAUGAAGAGAGUGACGACGAGGAGGCUCUCGAACCUGACCAGAACGUUUCCUCAACGAAGGACAAGAGCGACGACAUUAUACCGAAGUUAUCGGUCAACAGCGGUUCUACUGGAGAUGAUUGCGAAGCCGUAUCUAGUCAGUCUAUGGCCAGAGUGACCUAA